AUGACUCAAAUGUCGCAUAUUCCCUUCACUGAAUCGAAGACAUCACAGCCACCAACCGAAAGGACUAUAAUCCGACCGUCAGAUGAAAUGCAUGCUAGGAAAAAUACAAUUCCUCCACCUAUGGAAAAUGGAAGAAAAAAACCAUCAACGGUCCAAACGAUCAGAUUGACAUUUAGUGAAGAAAACGAACAACAGAGUCAAAACAAGCAACAGGAGUUUAGAGAUCAAGAAAAUGAGAUCAUCGAACGAUUGAUACAAAUUUCAUUUGCAAAACAAAAAAAUGGAUAUAAAUGUUGUUUUUUGAACUUGCAACCUCUUAGUAGUACUCCAGCUUUGCCACUUCCUUUGAAACUUAUAGAUAUGGAUCAUCAAGGUAGUUUAAAGAGAACUCAUAUGACGCAUAAAAGCGGACCAAAGGACACAAAUUUAAUAAACACUUCAUGCGGACAUCAUCAUCACUAUGAAUUUUUGUCUGACAAACCAAACACAAAAAUAUCAACGGUUCUGAACUCUAGGAAAGUACCAAUAGCACCUUUAGCUUCGAAUCCUCAUCUGAGUCUAACAAACCAAGUGACCAGAAGUAGAACUCAAUCACCAUAUAUCAUUCAUGAAGUUGAUUAUUAUCAAGAUAACAGAAGAAAUUUCUUAAUUGCUAAAGCUCUUCAACAUCAAAGUUUAAAUUACAAUCAAAAUCUAAAUUAUAAUCUCACCAUAAGAUCUUCUUGUCAAAUUUGUUUUCAAUGUUUUUAUACUUUAGAUUUGUUAUAUAGACAUAUUUCUUCAGUACAUUCUCGUCAUUCAAAAUCAAAUUAUACUUAUUUUACUUGA